ACGUCUGCGCACGAAGUUCCUGUUUACAUGUAGCUACAGCGAUGUACCCGACCGUUCAACCUUAGCUCUGCUAAUGACCGUUAUUUAUUGGGGGGAAAAAAAAAAAACCUUGUUAAAUAAUAACAGGAUACAGUCUCUCACUCUUCAUAACAAGUGACUACCUGUUUUCGCAGGGACUACUUCUAAAAACUCCUGAGGUAACCUUUGUAUACACGAGCAGGCCGGGAUGCCUCGAGCUUUCCAGAGUCGCUCUCUCGGUUCCGUUUGACGUUUUGUUAUAGUGGUAAUGCAGCGGAUACUUGGUAGCAAACCAGGUGGGAUUUUGACUAUUUUUUUUUUAAUUCAAAGAAGCACCUAAACGUGGAGCGUGACAAUUGAAUUCCACGUUUAAUGUUAUUUCCUCAGAAACUGAAACUUGCCUCGCUAGGAAUUUAACCCGACCCAACAAUUCCUGCCCCCUCCAGAUCGACCAGGUCGGUGUGUGGGUCUAAUUCUCCGGGGCCCUGAAUCCGGCCGGGUUUCCCGGCUCCGGCCCUGUAAAGCGGGCGGUAAGGAAGAAGUUUUCGAGGAAGGGAUGGCCCGGUGGGUCUAUCCGAACCCAGGGUACUGCAGUUUUUGAGGGAGGCCGUGUCCGCAUAGAGCCGGCCCGAGGGGUCGGGGCUGCCAUGGCCUCCUCCUCGUCCCUGUUCUCGGACGGGCUGACAGCCUCUGGAAUAACAAGCAAAAAGAAUGAGGAGAUUGCAGAGUUGAUAGACUGUUUCUCAAAAAUACAGUACCGAGCUAAAGAAACGAACUCAAAGGUGGAGCGCAUUGAGAAUCGGUAUUUAGAGUUGUUUGGCAAGGAUUACAAAUACAGUAUAAUUCACAAUGCAAAUGGAGAGGUGUGUGGGCAUUACCCUCGGAAGAUCGUCUUUUUGGAGUAUGAGAGCUCUGACCAUGACAAAGACAGGUUUGAGAGCACUGUGCAAGUUACUAAACUCCAGGACUUGGUGAAUCGCAGUAAAAUGGCUAGGUGUCGAGGGAGGUUCGUCUGCCCAGUUAUCCUCUAUAACGGCAAGCACAUCUGUCGUUCUUCCACGUUGGCAGGAUGGGGAGAAUUGUAUGGACGAACCGGUUACAACUACAUCUUCUCAGGGAGCUUGGAGGAUGCAGGGGCCGUGUCGGAUGACGUGCCUCAGGAGGAUGAUGAUGAUGCAGUGCGAAACGGGGAUUCUCAGCUGUUUGACAAAGUCAGAGGUCAUGACAUCAAACUGCUCCGAUACCUGUCUGUCCGAUACAUCUGUGACCUGAUGGUGGAAAACAAGAAAGUGAAGUUUGGCCUGAAUGUAACUUCCUCUGAGAAGGUGGACAAGGCCCAGCGCUAUGCAGACUUCACCCUCCUUUCUGUUCCAUAUCCAGGCUGUGAAUUUUUUAAGGACUACAAAGACAGAGAUUACACUGCAGAGGGUCUGGUCUUCAACUGGAACCAGGACUUUGUGGAUGCCCCCCUAACAAUACCAGAAUCCCUCAGCAAGAACUUGAAUAUCAACUGGAGAGAAUACCAGUCAUGGGACCUGGUGAAGCAGACACAGAAUUAUCUAAAGCUGCUAAUUCAUAUUAUCAACAUUGACGAUAAAAGUGGUUUGCUAGUGCACUGCAUAUCUGGCUGGGAUCGGACGCCUCUGUUUGUUUCGCUCCUGAGACUCUCACUUUGGGCAGAUGGUGUGAUCCAUGCCACUUUGGAGCCAGCAGAAAUACUGUACUUGACUAUUGCCUAUGAUUGGUUCCUCUUCGGACACAUGCUCCCAGAUAGACUGAGCAAAGGAGAGGAGAUAUUCUUUUUCUGCUUCAAUUUUUUGAAGCACAUCACCUCAGAGAAAUUCUCGGCUGUGAAAAAACAGAGGCGGAAAAACUCCCACUUCAGAGAUACUGAUUUCACAGUAGAAGAGAUCUGCCAGUUAAAGCGGAAAGACCGGGGCAGCGCCACCAGCCUGAGUAGUGACUUCUACCUGAUCCAGGAAGACUCGCCAGCCGCAAUGGGCAGCUUUAACUACGAAGGAGUGGAGCUGAUAUCAGCAGGGCCUCAGGCACAGGCUGCCUGGAGGAAAGGAAGGACAUCAUCUCCACAGAAUGUGUUGUGGAGUAAACACCACCCACUAGAAGAUAAGCCCCUGUAUCCAGGAGUGGCAGAGGCCAAGUCUUCCAGCUCUUCCUCUUCGAACCAAUCUGAAAACAACUUCAUGAGGCCAGGGAGCAACCCAUUGCCAGUGCCGGGGAGUAACCCAUUGACUGUGCCAGGGGGAAGAUCUGCCGGCGAGUAUGCACGCUCCGGUUCUUCAGUCUCCACCAAUUACGGCAGCUGGCAGAUUGUGUCAGGCUGUGGCAGCAUUAACGACCGGGGUAGCCUGACUACUGAAUCUCCCCUACCCUUCAGCUUUCAGGAUGAGGGAGCCAACGGCAGGAUGUGCCCACCAGUCCCGGAGCGGCAGGCCAGAUUGGAGAUGGUGCGGGAGGUGUUCCUUUCUGCCUACAGUGCCACUGUGGGGCUGAAAUCGUCAGCCAGCCCCUCUGGAGCCAUCACCGGUCUUCUGGAGCAGUUUGCACGUGGAGUGGGACUGAGGGGAACCAACAUGAUAGUCUGACACCCAGUAGUGUUUUCUGAUACAAGGAAACAAAAGCAAGGGCAUGACUGAUCACACACAAAAUGGUGCCAAACAUGGCUUUUAUUAUGCAGGGGCUAAUGUAGUAUUAUUUUUGUUUUCUUUUCUUUUACUAUGGGAAACCUGCUAAAAGUGAUGUUGCCCAAUUUAUAAUUUGUAUAUUUUCAAGAUCAGUGUUUGGUCUCUUCACUACCAUGGGUUUUAAAAAGGCUUAACUAGUUAACUUUUUUUUUGUAAAACGCAGACAAAUUACAGGACGUUUAACUUAUAAGAGAUGUGCGGUUAUAAUAAGAACAACGUUGCUUCCAUUCUGUAGUUAUCCUGGAGUUUGUUUGAAGAGACAUUAUGGGAGGGGUGUUUUACUGAUCUAAACAAUGGCUUAUAUAAAUACUGCCACCCUUAAGCUUGUAAGCCAGUUUUAAUGGGUCAGUACAUCACACCUUUACAGACGUAAAUGCCUACGUGCUGGUGUAAGUUUGUUGUUUCUCAAACACACGAUCUGUACACAGCAGAGGGGAAUGUGUAGUAUCGCUAAAUCAUUGGUUGCUCAAUUGUAAUUCACAGUACUAACUGUAGAGGUAUAAAAGGCUUUAAUAUCGAAAAUUGUUUGCCUUAUAAGUUGUUGAUUUUAAAGUUCACUUGCCUUAAGUUGAGGGGCCCUACGCUGUGAUGUUGUUUGGAAGAGAUAUAAGCAUUACAUCUGUGGUUGUGGAUCUCACAGAACAUUUACGGUAUAGAACUGAAAAAGUUAAAGAAAUACGUCUGCUAUUAAAUAAUUAGCAAGUUUUAUAUGGUGACUUCUAAAUUCACUGAGCAAUUAGAAUGUUAGGUUACUGUCCCUUGUGUUUGCUCAGUUUAAAAACAAUGAACUGUUGAAUAAAAAAACCUCGAAGGCUGUAGCAUUCCACAGCAGCACUGAAUUUAUCUGUCAGCUUUGGGAAAUUAUUUAAUCUCAAAACCACUGUAUCAAAUGCCAAAUAUCUGUUCAAAUAAAACCCCAUGGGAGUGAAAUGAAGAGCCAAAUAGGUCUAAAACAUACUAAACAAUUUUACUGCAACUGAAAUAGUUUGCACACAAGAAAAAGUCUGUCUCCUUGUCAAGUGGUCUUUUCGUGUAGGCUGGGCAGAAAGUGGAAUCUUGCAUCGUCCCUGUACCUGAUGUGUGUAGCAUGUGCUUUGUGUCAUCAAAUACUUCUCAUCACUUGUACUGACAUUUUUCUUUUUAUGCUGCCUGAGUGAUGGUGCCAAACUAUAGUGAAUGCAUUUUAAUAUAAUGUAAAAAAUAAUACCAUUAGUCAUGACUGGUAUGUGCUGAAAAAAGGUGUUUAUUUGGUUAGGAAGCUCUAGUAGGUUCCAUCCCUACCGUUUCAUAAUUUAUAUAUUAUCCCACAUUCUAUAAUGUGAGUGCAGGGAGCUAUUCCUUCACAGAACAAAACAGCUUUGCUUCACUUGCAACCCAAAGGAAAAUGCAGUUAAAUCCUAAAAAAGUAAGGGUUUGGAGUGUUAGUGUUAACAGGCGAAAUAUACAGACAUGUACUUUAAAUGUAGGUUAAUGAAGAGACAUCAGUUUACAGACCACAAAAUCUAGGUCAUGAUUGCCAGGGGAUUGCAAUUUUCAGCUGUGUUUUGUAAAUUCUCAAGAAGUGAAUGUUGUUGCACCAUCUGCGCCCUGUUUCAUAGUGGCUUCUGUGAUCUCCUCUGUUUUUCUUCUCAGGUUCAGUGAACAUUAUUUUUUUUUUUAAGGCGGAGUUUGAUAUUAAAGUGUAAGUGGGAGGAAAAUACAAUUCGAAUGAAAGUUAGUUACACAUCAUUUUUCCAGUUAUUUGGAAUUAGCCAGAAAUGUUCUUAGUGAAGUCACCUGUUAUUUUAUACAAUAAUUACUUUUUAAAAACAAUAUGAAUUAAGUUUGUACUCCACAUAAGGGAAACAAUGUAGUUAAUUGCAAAGCAUAGGAAUUUCAAUGAAUUAAUACACUUGUCAGUUACAGGGGAAAUGCAUCCAGUAAUUGAGCUUACUAAAAAUAUUUUCAAAUAUAAGAUCUGGUAGUAUUCCAUUAAAAAAACACAAACAUAUUUUUUGUUUGUUUGUAUGUAUGUGUGUGAUGUUAAACAGCCACAGAUGGUAGUUCCCUGAUGAUUUGCCCUGGCCACAUGCAUCAGGUUAAGAGUUUAAAUCACAGUUUCUAUGUACAGUAACUGUUAAAAUAAAUUAACACUGUCAGAUUGAGAAGGAAUGCAUGUUCUUGUCUCAAGUCAUUUGGAUUUGCCAUCUACUUUAUAGGAUCACACUUUUGAGUCUUGGGACAUAAAACAGGUCUUAAAUCUAAUAUCGUUUUUAUUUGAAAAAAAUAAAAAAAGGCCCAUAUACAUCUAGAAUUUGUGAGACGUUUUUUGCAGUAUGAGAUAAGUAAUGUAAUUUUGUUGGUUUCCAGUAAAAUGAGUUCAAUUGGAAUCCAGACGCUCUCAUAGUGCAAUCCCUAGGUAAACUGUAAAGGUUUAUAAGCAAUUGAACCUUCAAAAUAGGCCACUAGUCCAGAGUUUGCAGUGCAGGAAAAACUUUUAUUAUAUCUUUGCUGCUUUAUUAAAUUCCAUUUGAUCUGCCAGAAUCCACAGUCCAUGCCCCUGGAGUUUUUACAGGAAGUAAUUGCUAUGCAAUGCAGUGCAAUGCAAGUACUGGUUCCCAAUACUUUUACAGUGAAGCCUCCACUUACCUGUUUUUCUUUACUUCAUUUGAUUUUGAAUCUACCUCUGGGUGUCGCAUUACUUAAUUCUAAAGUUAGUUGAACAAAACUGUGAAGGCAAACAGCUACCUGUGGUGAGUUUACUCUCACUACCAUAUUAAAGCCUAAUGUGAAAACGAUUUAAGAGAAAAGUACAUCUGUCUUCUAAGACUAGUCACUAGCAGCAGGCAUUAGCAAUUAUCAUCAAGACUUGUAUAAGCCACAUGGGUAUCUGGUUCAUAAGAAAAAUAAACAGUGGAAAACCUGAAUAGUUAAUAGCAGUUGUCUUAAAUUGUCCAAUUUCACAUUGCUUACAACAUGAAAAAUGUGAGUCCCAACUGCAACAAAAUAAAUGAAUUUAAGCCCUAUGUGUUGUUCAUUUACAUAGGUUCCUUUUCUCAAGAUUUAAUAAUACAAAGUCUAGUUUUUCGCGAGUCCUGUGCUUUUCUGAUGAAACAGCCUUUAAUGCUUAAUACAAAUUGGAUGCAGCAUUGUGAAAGGGAUCUCGUUAUUUUGUAAAUACAUUUUGUUUACAUUCUUUUCUAUGUAUUUUCUGUGAUUUAUACAUGAUUUUAAUGAUGUGUUCAGAGAAAAAAAAAGGGAAACCAAUUACUAACCUUUCAUAUCGGGUCAUUGUGAGUGAUGUUAUGAAGAAUUUUGGCAACCUCAUUUUUACUGUAGAGGCUGCAAACACUUUUACUCUUGUCUGAAGCUCUACAGGAGUGGCUACAAUCUGCCCUUAUUUUUCAUUGCAUCUUGCCGCUGUUGUACUCAUUCCUGUGAUAACACCAAAGAUUGACCUAUGUGCAGUAUUGAAUCCGGAUUCACCAUUGACCUUACUUAAGGGUGUUAUUUUUUUGUUUUAUUUUUUCUCUAAUUUUCAGUUUUGUUAAUGUGUCUCUGUUGUCAUUACACAUAAAGAUCCCGAGCAGGACCCUGGGCUGAUCUAUUAACCCACUUUUUCUAUGUAAUCAUCACCUUUUGUAUUGGCUGUAGGUGUGAUGGAGCUCAAGGUAUUUUGGAGGCAAUUUGGAACAAUUUGCUUUAAAACGACUCAAACCAACAAAAAAUGCUCAACAAAAUUUUAUUUGGCUUAAAGUUGGGUACACAAUUUUGAAGCUCUGCUUGUUUCCUGCAACUAACUUGCAUAGGAGUGAACUGUGGCAGUUUUUAGUGAGCAUUUGUGCAGCUGAUUACAACAAGGCUCUAAUUUUGAGCUGUCAGCUGAACUUGUAUGUGUUAGGACAAAUUGCGUAGGUUGCCAGGUGGCAGAUGUAUUGACAGUGCAGUUGCAUUACAUCAGUAACCCAGUUGUAGACACAACAAAUGAGCAAUAUUGACUGUGACACAUGGCCAACUUCAAUUAUAAUCUAAAUUAUUGAGCGUCAGGGUUAAGGUGAAUUGAAUUUACUUUAUAACUGUAAGUAUGUGCACACACCACCCUAAACUACUUAUGUAUGUUUUCUGCCCCUACAAAAAAAAAAAAAAAAAAAUUGGGAAUUAAUUUUCUUUUUCAAAAUUCAAAAUGUUUUGUUUUGCUAUGAUUGUUUAUUACUGUAAACACACUGUCAUGCUUAAUCAAAUACUACAGCUGCACACACACAUGGUUGUUUAAAAAUUAUAUUUAUGUGUCUAACUGUCUAGAAAAUUGCACCUUUUUACCUUGUACAGAUACUGUUUUUUAAUUAAUUUUAUUAUAAUGGUUACUGGAGAAGGUGGAUUUGCAGAUUGGGGGUAAAAUAAAAGUACAUAAAAUUG